AUGCCGGAUCUCAUCCCUACACUCCCGUUCGUGGUGACCGAGGCUCUGUCUAAGGUCUACCACAAGGGCUUGCCCUCCGAACCGCGCCUCAUCGCUGCCACCAACCCCAGCCCCUUCGAAGCGCCAACUGGCUCCGAGGCCUACCCUGUCGUCAAAGAGCUUAGGGUGCUGGGUGACCACACCCUCGCUAAUGCUUGGGACCACGGUUUAGCUGACCACCUUCGCCGUGGCCUGAACACGAUGUGCGUGAACUGGACUAGUAUCGAGGCGCUCCGCAUCGUCGAAGUCGGAGAGUCGUCCGGCCCGGCCAUCGUCUGGAUUGGCGUCGAGUUCGGGGCGCUCAGCUUCGGGGAGGGCAGCGUCGUCGCCCUCCAAUGCCGCACGUUCAUCGACAGUCACAGUAUCCACGAUUACCACGUAGAAAUCCGGGAGUCUCGCGUUAUGAGACAGGCGGGCAACAGGUUCCUUGAUCCCGUACCCGUGUCCGACCCGACGUUCACCGCUCGCAACCCAUACACUGCGACCCUCAGCAUCCCGAUCUUCGCUAAGGGCGGCUUCUACCUCAGCGCCGGCGGUGACGACAAGAACAUCUUCCUCGUCACUGCCCGGCACGUUGUCCUCCCCCUCGACAACAACGACAACAACGAAUACGACCGCAAGAACGACAGCAAGGCGCGUGAAGACGUGGUCGUCCUCAGCACCUCCGGUUUCAACGAGAACCUCACCGUCAUCGACGACGAUAUUGAGGGCCAAGAGUCCGCGAUCACUGAUGCCAAGGAGAGGAUCGAUUCGGUCAAGGGCUUGGACAACGUCAAGGAGCGUGAGGAGGCGGAGCACGAUUUGCAGAAGGCGGAGGAGGGGCUGAAGGCACUCAGGGCUUUGCGCCACGAGAUUGCUCCUCCCAUCGUCCUCUCCACCAAGCUCGGUCAGUAUACCCUGGAGAUCGCCGUCAUCAAGAUCGACGCGGGCAUGCUCGACGCCAACAACUACUGCGGCAACACUAUCUACCUAGGCAACAAGUACACGCGCCAACAAUUCAUGAAAAAGGUCUAUCUGCACCCCACCAGUACGACUUCCUUCAAAUUCCCCGCCAACCGUCUCGUGACGCUCCAAGACCAGGUCCCCGCGAGUGCCCUUGUCAAGCAGCCCAUGCUCGAUGCCAACGGCGAUCCGUGCUUGGUCGUCUUCAAGAACGGCGUCAAGACUGGUACGACCAUCGGCAAGGCGAACAACGUUUCGUCUUACACCCGCCACUAUUUUGCCGGCCAGUAUAAGGAGUCGAGGGAGUGGCCGGUCAUUUCCACCGACAAGAACUCGGGCGUGUUCUCCGCCAAAGGAGACUGCGGGUCUUGCGUCGCCGAUGCCUUCAGCCGCGUCGGCGGCAUCCUCACCGGCGGUUCUGGCGCCCCCGACUCCUGCGACGCCCAUCUCCUUCAUCAUGAAGGUCCCCCACAACAAGAAGCUCUUCAAGCACGUCUACCUCAACCUGGUCCUCGCCUAGGAGGGCACCCGAAAUUCAUUUACGACGAAAUUUUAGAAAUUUCUUUCCAGGGACGUCGGCGAGGUUGA